UUGGGGGUGAAAAGGGAAGAUUUCAAUCCUACAAUGGACAAACCUCCAUAUCUUCACCGUUCCCGUUUCCUCUCCAGAACUAAACUUCUCACUGUUUGGACUCUCAUUUUUCUCGCUUUAUUACUCUUCCUCUUCCCCAAAUCACCUCCUUUCUCCGCCGAUUCCACUCGCCGGAUUCUCCAAGCCGGCCCCCUUUGGGAGAACCGGAUCCGACACUCCGCCCACUCCCAUUCUCAUCGAGUUUUGGUCACUGGCGCCGCCGGUUUCGUCGGCCUUCAUGUCUCCUUAGCACUCAAGCGCCGCGGCGAUGGAGUCGUCGGCAUUGACAAUUUCAAUCCCUAUUACGAAACCUCUCUCAAACGUUCACGCGCUGCCCUUCUCGACCGUGCCGGCGUCUUUGUCGUUGAGGGCGAUGUCAAUGACGGCGCUCUACUCAUUAAGCUUUUCGAAUUGGUUAAAUUCACUCACGUAAUGCACCUCGCGGCUCAAGCGGGGGUUCGAUAUGCGAUGAAAAACCCUAGUUCGUAUGUGCAAAGUAAUAUUGCGGGAUUGGUGAGUGUUCUCGAGGUUUGUAAAUCGGCUAAUCCGCAGCCGGCUAUUGUUUGGGCAUCUUCUAGUUCGGUUUAUGGGCUUAAUUCUCGAGUACCCUUUUCGGAAAAGGAUCGAACGGAUCAACCCGCGAGUUUAUAUGCGGCGACUAAGAAGGCUGGUGAGGAAAUUGCACAUAGUUAUAAUCACAUUUAUGGGCUUUCCAUUACUGGGUUGAGAUUCUUUACGGUUUAUGGUCCUUGGGGACGGCCGGAUAUGGCGUAUUUCUUUUUUACUAAGGAUAUUCUGAAAGGGAAGACGAUUAGGGUUUUUGAAGGGGCAGAUCAGAAAUCUGUGGCGAGGGAUUUUACUUACAUUGACGAUAUUGUGAAGGGUUGUUUAGGUGCGUUGGAUACGGCGGAGAAGAGCACUGGGAGCGGCGGAAGGAAGAAGGGGAAGGCUCAAUUGCGGGUUUUCAAUCUUGGGAAUACUUCGCCUGUGACUGUCAGUGAGCUUGUGGACAAUUUAGAGAAGUUGCUGAAUUUGAAGGCUAAGAAAAUGGUGUUGCCAAUGCCUAGAAAUGGGGAUGUUCCUUUCACUCAUGCCAACAUCUCCCUGGCUCAGAAGGAGCUCGGUUACAAACCCACCACGGAUUUGAAGACAGGUUUGAAGGAGUUUGUGGAUUGGUAUCGUCUUUUUUAUUCCAAUUCUAGGAAGAAGAUUGUUUUGUAGCUGAGUCAUUUUUUCAGAAUUAUUCUUUUAACUAAAUUAUUGUUUUUCUCACAUUUUCUACUGAUCAAAACCGAUGGGUUGGAAAGUGGGGGAGUUCUAGGACAUUUGUGUAUUUGAUUUGAUGUCUGGUUUGAGCUUGUAAGGGACAACAAUUUCACUAGAAAAACUUAGAUCUCUAACCUGUUCUUUUCAUUCA